CUUUUCAACUUUACUUCAAUCCAUUUGUUUUCUUAAUUUGCAAAAAAAAAAAAUAUAUAUAAAAAAAAUACGCGCGUGCGCUGUUGGAUCCAUUCGUUUUCUUGCACUAUUCAUUCAAAAGAGACCACUUUUUUUUCCUUUAUCAUCUCGUGAUCUAAGACACAGUAAUGAUCCGCAAAAAGAGAAACUUCAAGAACUUAGCCCUGGAUGAGGCUGCUAAUGAGAAUGCACCUCCUGGUGGAAGCGCUCAUGUACACAACUUGCCAGUAGCUCGUGGGGCACCAAUGCCAGCAAAUGCAUACUCACGAAGGGAGCCUCUACCUGACUUGGAACUUGGUGUUGAGUUCAAACUAGAUCUCAGGAGCGAGGACUUGCAAACACUUGAGGAACUCGGGGCUGGUAAUGGAGGCACUGUCAGUCGUGUAAUUCAUCUACCCACAAGAGCCAUCAUGGCACGAAAGGUCAUUCAUAUUGACGCUCAACCUGCCGUACGCAAGCAAAUCUUGCGUGAACUCCAGAUCAUGCACGAUUGCAACCAUCCCAAUAUUGUCUCGUUUUAUGGCGCAUUCUUGCAUGACAGUGAGAUUUCUUACUGCAUGGAAUAUAUGGAUGUAGGAGCAUUGGAUGGUAUUUGUGCAAAGAAUGGAGCCUUCCCCAUGGAUGUCAUUGGGCUCAUCACAGUCUCUGUACUUAAGGGACUGAGCUACCUUUACCAUAACCACAAAAUUGUUCAUCGAGAUCUCAAGCCUUCCAACAUCCUUAUCAAUUCUACGGGAAUGGUCAAGAUUUGUGAUUUUGGUGUCUCUGGACAACUUGUCAACUCAAUUGCCAAUACUUUUGUCGGAACCAGCAAUUACAUGUCGCCUGAGCGAAUUCGUGGAUGGAACUAUGGUGUACAAUCGGAUGUUUGGUCGCUCGGCAUUACCCUCAUGGAGUUGGCUCUGGGACGUUUCCCCUUGGAUGCUGAGUGUAAAUCGUUGACAAUCUUGGAACUGCUUCAGCAUAUUGUUAACGAGCCCCUACCUACCCUUCCUCGCGGUCAGUUCCCAGAAGACUUUUGCAAUUUUGUCGACGUUUGUUUGGCGAAGAACGUUGAAUCAAGACCCUCACCCGAUAUGCUGGCUAAUCAUGCAUAUUACCGCCGUGCAGAACAGGCGCAUGUGGACAUGGAGAAAUGGGUCAACAGUCUGGUCAAGAAGUAGUCACUGCUCUUAUGUCCUUCUUGAAUAGAGUGUACGCACCAUUUAGGUCCCACCUAUUUCUCUUCUUCUUGUUUUUUGCCUUUCCUUUUUUUUAUUUUUUUUUUUUUUUACCUUUCAA